AUGAUAAACAUAAACGUGGGCGUGCUGGGGCACGUGGACUCGGGGAAGACGAGUCUCUGUAGGUGCCUCAGUGAAGUGCUAAGCACCUGUGCCCUGGACAAGCACAGGCAGAGCCAGGAGAAAGGCAUCACCAUCGACCUGGGCUUCUCGUCCUUUUACCUCAAGAGGAGGAGAAGCGAACAGCGCGCGCAAGCAGGGGAGGUUGGAAGUGGUCCGAUCAGCAUUGGGGAGAUUCUGGAUGGUAAAGUCUGCCACAGUAACGUUCGCGAUAGUAAUGUUCGCCAUAGUAACGCCUACGAUGGUGACGGGCACGCUGCCGCACCAGACUGCUCCCCCCCCGAGGAAGAGACGCUGCAGGUCUGUCUCGUGGACUGCCCAGGGCACCACUCUCUCCUCAAUUGCAUAAUCAUGGGGGCGGAAAUAACAGACAUGGUCCUCCUCCUGAUUGAUAUCACCAAAGGGAUUCAGAAACAAACCGUCGAGUGUCUCGUCCUAUGCGAGGUUCUCCAAAGAGACGUCGUAGUUGUUCUCAACAAAAUGGAUCUUGUCCCCCCUGAACAGAGAGAAACAAGGGUCAACCUAAUGAGGGACAAAAUAUCAUUAGUUUUUAGGAGUAAGGCCGGUUUGAGGAACCUCAAAUGGUACGUCGUCGGAUUGUCCGCGGACUCGAAGAGGGGAGAGCCAACUGGAGGGGGAGACGCACCCAGAUCGGUCCCCCCAAGCGAUUCACAGGAGCGGGGUCGGCCACAGUUGCAGCCAGAGUCACAGUCGAAGCAGCGACCACAGUCACACUCACAGAUGCAGCCACAUCGCUCUCCCAGCAUCGGUGGCGGGAUCGGCACCUUCACCCCGCGAAGCGAAAACGUGCAUCAGCUCAUUAACCUCCUGAGGGAGGUCAUCAGAGUGCCGGCGCGGAGGGGGAAAAAAGCACACGGGGAGGAGGAAGAAGAAGAAGUGGAGGGAGGGAGCAACCAUGACGAGCGUGAUGACGGCGACCAAGCCGUGGCGAACCAUCCAGGCGAAUUCUACUUCCUCUAUGAUCACACGUUCGACAUCAGGGGAAAAGGAAGAGUGUACACAGGGACAGUCAUCCGAGGGACCAUCAAAAAGAAUACCACUGUGUCUAUACUGCCAAUGAAAGAAAAGGGGAAAGUUAAAGAAAUUCAGAGCUUCAAAAAGGCAGUAGACGAAGGGAUCAAAGGGAAUCGAUUGUCUCUGCUAAUCUGUAACGACCAUAUGCGAAACUCGGCCAAGAAAAUCGAGAGAGGUGUUAUCGUUUCGGAAGGAUCAAACAUCUCUCACUUCUCCAUUUUCAUAUGUCGAGUUAAGUUGGUACAAUACUACGGGAGGAGUGUCAAUAAUGCUGAGUUACUCUCUUGUGUGAUCGGCUUUGCUACCUCCCCUUGCUAUGGGUACUUUUUCCGCCCAUUUGACAAGGCCUCUGCGGCGGGAGAGGUAGCGUCCCACGAGGAAAGACAUUCUGUACCGUCUCUACACAAGAAGAGGUCGUAUAAAAGACGUUUCGACCCACAGGGAGAUUACCUCUUCGUGAGGCAGCUAACGUGGAAACAGGGAAAGGAAGAAAAAGAAACACCAGGGGGGAACCUCAACUCAGGGGGGAACCUCAACACAGGGGAGAACCUCAACACAGGGGAGAACCUCAACACAGAUGAGCCUCAUACGAAGGAGGAAGAAAAUGAAGACCUCCCCAGAGAUGACGACACCUUCUUCCUAGUCAUUCUGAAGAAAAGAAUCCACUGCUAUAAAAAGGAGAAAUGUAUUUUCAUAAAAAACGACGACAACUUAAAUUGCAGGAUUUGCCUGCAUGGCAUUAUUGAGGACAUCAUUGACGAUGGCUACCCUCGACAGAAGGCCCCCUUCAUCGUAGGAAAGAAACCGACUCUUAGUGAGUUCCCCCGUUUUAAUAGCUUCAGACUGCUCAAUGAGAAGCAGAAGAUCGGACAGAUAGAAUGCGUACAGGACAACCACACGCUGAUUUGUAGAAAUAUGUUUCACUGCUCCAGUGAAGUCACUCCCUAUAUCGGAAAAGAGGUUUUCCUCGUCGAUGAAGCUUACAAGAAUGAUUUAAGUCAUGUCCACGUCAGACAUGUCGGCAUUGUAACCGCUCCAUUUGCAAAGAAUGGCAAAUUCAUCGCCCGCUUUGAGGACGACCUUUCCUCUGUGCGGGAAAACUGCAGGUCAUUUCUCCUCGUAAUCAAGUACUACAAAGACGCCCUCACAAAGAGGAAGGUAUUUCUGUGA